AUGGCCAUCGCACUUCCCGAACACGAAGGCGAGGAAGAAAAACCUAAGGCAUUGUCAUGGGCCAUGCCUAAGAUCCUGAUCGAUGGAGGAAGCUCUGUAGAGAUCUUAUUUUAUGACACAUUCAAACAGAUGGGUCUUAGAGACGAUUGCCUAAUACCCUCCACCUAUAACAUAUUUGGCUUCACCGGCUCGUCGACCCGCCCAAGGGGCGAGGUGACAUUGGAAAUUCGGGUAGGAAAAAUCCUCACCUUAACUGCUUUCUGUGUAGUGGAUGUGCUUUCACCCUACACAGCUAUUGUCGGGCGAUCCUGGGUCCAUGGGAUCAAAGGAGUUGCCUCGACUUACCAUCAGAGACUAAGGUUCCCUACGCCCGAUGGAGUCGCAGAAAUCAUCGGAGACUCAGGUGAGGCAAAAUACUGCUACAAAAUGGACGUUCAGAACGACGAAAACAAAGUAAAUUCCUGA